GGCAGCAUCUCAAUAGUGUAAUUAGCUGUUGGACAAUGGCUGGAAGUUGGUGGUUGGGUUAUUUAUUGGCACUGUGUGCUUUCUGUCAUGCUCUUCCAAAGUUGAGUAAUCUGCCCCAGAACCCUCAAGCUCUGAUGCUCCAGCAAACUGACCAGUGGUUUCAGCAGCCAGCACAACAGACUAAUCAGCAGUUUCUUCAGAGGUUUCAGCAGCCGUUGCAACAGACUAAUCAGCAGUUUCCUCAGAAGUUUCAGCAGCCGUUGCAACAGACUAAUCAGCAGUUUCUUCAGAAGUUUCAGCAGCCGCUGCAACAGACUAAUCAGCAGUUUCCUCAGAAGUUUCAGCAGCUGUUGCAACAGACUAAUCAACAGUUUCCUCAGAAGUUUCAGAAGCAAACUAAUCAGCAGUUUCCUCAGAAGUUUCAGCAGCCGUUGCAACAGACUAAUCAGCAGUUUCCUCAGAAGUUUCAGCAGCCGUUGCAACAGACUAAUCAGCAGUUUCCUCAGAAGUUUCAGCAGCCGUUGCAACAGACUAAUCAGCAGUUUCCUCAGAAGUUUCAGCAGCCGUUGCAACAGACUAAUCAGCAGUUUCCUCAGAAGUUUCAGCAGCCAGCUCAACAGACUAAUCAGCAGUUUCCUCAGACGUUUCAGCAGCCAGCUCAACAGACUAAUCAGCAGUUUCCUCAGAAGUUUCAGCAGCCAGCUCAACAGACUAAUCAGCAGUUUCCUCAGACGUUUCAGCAGCCAGCUCAACAGACUAAUCAGCAGUUUCCUCAGAAGUUUCAGAAGCAAGUGACGAAGGCAGAGCCUUUGGACAAAUGUGCUGUAGCUGAUUAUGAGCAGAUCCAAUGUGGACAACCUGGUAUCAGUGGUGCUGAAUGUGAAGCUAUCAACUGCUGCUUUAACGGACAGCAGUGUUACUAUGGGAAGGCAGUUACUGUCCAGUGUAUAAGAGAUGGCCAGUUUGUGGUAGUGGUGGCUAGAGAUGUUACACUGCCUCGACUGAGUCUGGAUUCAGUCCAUCUACUGGGUGGAAACGACCCACCUUGCAGUCCUGUGGGGUCCACACCUUCCUUUGCUGUAUACCAGUUCCCUGUGACCGCAUGUGGUACAAGAAUGAUGGAGGACAGUGGUUAUGUGGUGUAUGAGAACAGAAUGACCUCCUCGUAUGAAGUGGGGAUGGGACCGUUUGGUUCCAUCACAAGGGACAGCCAUUUUGAGCUUCUCUUCCAGUGUAGGUACUCUGGCACUUCUGUAGAAGCUCUGGUUGUGGAGGUCAACACCGUUCCUCCACCUCCACCAGUAGCUGCCCCUGGACCCCUCAGGGUGGAGCUUAGACUGGCCAAUGGCCAGUGUGUUACCAAAGGGUGUGCAGAAGGGGAUGAGGCCUACACGUCCUACUACAGUGAUGCUGAUUAUCCCAUCACAAAAGUCCUGCGUGAGCCUGUGUAUGUAGAGGUGCACAUUAUGGAGAGGACGGACCCCAACAUUGUCCUGAUGCUGGGACGCUGCUGGGCAACUUCAACCCCCAGUCCACUCAGUCUACCCCAGUGGGACCUUCUGGUUGAUGGAUGCCCUUACCAGGAUGACCGUUACCUGACCACAUUGGUUCCAGUGACUGGAUCAUCUGGUCUUCAGUUCCCAACCCACUACAAGCGCUUUAUUGUGAAGAUGUUCACGUUUGUGGAUCCAGCAUCACUGGCUCCUCUGCAGGAAACCAUCUUCAUCCACUGUAGUACAGCAGUGUGCCAUCCGUCUUCUGGCUCCUGUGAGCAAAACUGCGGCAGGAAGAGAAGGGACACUAAUGUUAAGACCAUCUCUAGUGCGCAGACUGUGGUUUCUAGUGGAGAAGUUACACUGAUCAUGUAAAUCUAGCUGUUUUAAUAAGCUUUUUGAAGCAGCAAGAUGGCUUUGUCUGUUGUAUUGACCUUGCAGAGUCUGAAGUUACGUGCAUGUACCCAGUUUGUUUCUUGGUCUACACUAUUAAACUAACUUUCCAGUACCUUU